AAUUACUACAAACUACAUUGAAGCAUUGCAGAUAAACAAUAAGUACUACUACAGUAACAACAUUCAAAAUGAUGGCGCUCGAUGGUAAAGCGAUAAUUAAGGAGGAGAUUACCGACAAGGACGCAUAUGACGCGGCCACAGCGGCAGCAGCAGCAGCAGCAGCGGCAGCGGUCGCAGUGGCAACAUCAACAGCUGCCUCAUCCGCGUCAUCGUCAGCGGCCUCAUCAGCAGCAGCCGUGGCAGCGGCAGCGGCAGCGAACACAGCAGCGACUGCGGCUGCAAUUAGUCGACGGCUUAAAGGUGACAGCAGCAACGGCGACAAGAGCUCCUCCACCUCCUCCUCGGUUGGCUCCAGCAGCAGCAAAGACAUGUCCAUCUCCGCCAGCAACAACAACAGCAACAACAACACAGUCAGCACAGCCAAUGGCAGUCGAGAGAGAGAAAGGGAGCGGGAGCGUGAGCGGGAGAGGGAUCGCCUUUGCCGCACACCGCCGGAUUCACCGCCAGAUCUCUCGCGCAGCCUUGCACCGCGCUCACCGCACUCACCUCCACAACAGUUGCAUCCACAUCAGCGUCCACAGCGCAACGCCAGCGCCUCGCCCGUUGUGAACGGAGGCGCCACCUCUGCCACAUCGCCCACGCCGGGGUCGCAACAUGCCGCCUCCUUGGCCGCCGCGGCAGCAGCUGCGGCCGCUGCACAUGUGGAGCAGGCGCGUCUGCUGUCCAAGCUGCGCAAGUUCCUCGGCGCCUUGGUGCAAUUCUCGCAGGAGCUGGGCCAGCCGGAGGUGAGUGAGAGGGUGAGGGCAUUGGUGUUGUCGCUGUGCAGCGGUGCGAUAUCGCUGGAGGAGUUCCGGCUGGCGUUGCAGGAGGCGAUCAACCUGCCACUGCGACCGUAUGUGAUGCCGCUGCUGAAGAACAGCGUCGCGUUGAUGCAACGCGAGAUUAUGGCCCUGGCACGUGCCACAAAUCAGUCGACGCUGCAAUAUGUGACCAGCAACGAGCAGGCGGUGAUGGAGCUGACGCCACACGGUGUGGCAAGCGCCGAGUUUGCCGACAUAUUCGUGCAACUGGAGGCGCCACAGGCGGCGUCAGCCAAUGCCAACGGUGGGGCACUGUUCAAGCGUCGCUCGUCGGACUCCAUGAUGGAGCAUGGGGCACACAACGGCCUGCAGGAGUGGAGCGAGUACAUGGCCAGCGGUGGCGCCACAGCCAACACUGCCACCAACUAUGCCCCACCCAGCAAACGCAUGGCCAUGCAUCCGGCUGCCUCCCACCCCGUGCUCGCCUUUGACUACAGCGCUGCCGCUGCAGCUGCCGCUGGCGAUGUGGCAGUGGCAGCAGGUUUCAUGCAACGCGAUGAGCGCGACCUGCGACAUGCACCACCCCAAGUGGCACGCGCCAACAACAAUGCUGCUGCUGCCAGCAAUGCAGUUGCCCCCGUUAUUGCUGGUGUUGGUGUUGUUGGCGGUGGCGGCGAGGAAGAGUGGAAGAACAUACACACCAUGCUCAACUGCAUCUCGGCGAUGGUGGACAAGACCAAACGGGCCAUCACCAUCCUGCAGCAGCGUGGCAUCGAGCCGCAACAUGGCGGUGGCAGCAACCAGGAGCUAACUCCCGCUGCACUUGCCGAGCUGCGUCGCCAGACCGAAGAGAAGGUCGCCGAGUUCAAGCGGAAUGCCGAAGAUGCCGUCACCCAGGUCAAGCGUCAGGCUGUCAUCGAAAUCCAGCGGGCUGUCGUUGCCGCCGAGACACGCGCCGCUGAGAUCAUGACCCAGGAGCGACUGCGCAUGGAGAAGUUCUUCAUGGAGAUGAGCCGUCAUUCCAGUGGAGAGCGCGAUCUGGACAACAAGUCGCCAUCCAUAACCAGUGCACAGAAUGGCAGCAACUUGCAACAGCAAUGCUGGAACUGCGGUCGCAAGGCCACGGAAACCUGCUCCGGCUGCAACAUGGCACGUUAUUGCAGUGCCUCGUGUCAAUACAGGGACUGGGAUAGCCAUCACCAGGUGUGCGGCAACUCACGGGCCAGCGAGCUGAGCGCCAAGCAUCUGCACUCGGCCAAUGCCAGCGGCCUUCGAAGUGCGAUGGCCACCCGAUCCCCACCCACUCCCACGGCAGCAGCUGCUGCAGCCGCUGCAACGGCACAUCUUCAGGCAGCAGCUGUUGCCGGCGUUCGGGAGGCGGCUGCAGCUGCAGCAGGUGGCAGCGUAGGAGCUGGAGGCGUUGGAGGCGUUGGAGUCGCCGGAGGAGGCGCCACUGUGGGUGCUGGCACGCCCAGUGCGCUGGUGCCCAAUGGGCUGGGCUCCAAAUGACGCAUUCGCAUGAUGAAACCCAAGAAGAAGUAUUUGUGCUAGUCAAAUUAAUCGAAGCGAUUGGGCGCCAAUAAAUAUGAAUAAGUAAUAACGAUUAUAUCAAAACCUACAUAUAGCUAUGCAGUUCAACUAAAGUAAACCUUAACCAAAAAAAAAAAAAAAAAUAGCAAGCAAGGAAGACAAGUUACCACAAUUUUCCAAAUAGUUUUCUAAAAGAUACUUCAAGUAAAUGAUAUAGAAAUGUAAUUUGCAUUCUUAACAUUUUUGCAAAAAUUCCAUUUGCAUUUAUGGAAAACAAAAUCGAAAUACUGUUAAAUUAGUUGGUUGUGUGGAAAAUCGAUUAAAUUAUUCCAGCUAUUAUUUUGCAUGAGGUUUUUAGUUAAUUUAAAAAAACAAAACAUUUUCCACACUUCCAAGCUUCAAAUAAUUCAAUUAAAUACUGUGUGAGCACUUGAAAGCUAAUUAAAAUAAAAUAAUAUAUAAAUAUUUGCACCCCUUCAAGUCUACAUGAAAAGAAUACUAUUUAAAAGAAAGAAAAGUUAAAGAAAAGCUGUAAGUAGUCGAUAGGUAACCCAAAAA